UAGAAUUCAGUCCCACAGACACCUUGAGUCAUCGUCCCCUGGGCCCAUCCCCUGGGCCGGUUGAAGAGUGGGGGUGGGGGCUGGGGCUGGGUCUUCAUGGAGCGGUGAAGCUCAAUUAAGUGUCAUUACCUGAAGAGAGUUUCUGCUGGAUCAGAACCAUGCCCUGCCCUGCCACAUCUUCCUCAUCCUCUUCCACCCCACACCACACGGAAAUUGGAGGAGCUGAGGCUGAGGUAUCAGGUGGGGCAUCAUGCGCGACAGGUGGACACUAGGAGAGCUGACCGGCAGAUGGAAGGGCAGGCAGGCAGGUGAACAGGGAGACAGCAGAGGAGACAGAGAGACUGGCAAACAGACCUUGGACGCAGCCCACCAUGAGGCUCAGCAUCUUCUUGUUCCUGUGUAUUGUGGGUCUCAGUCAGGCUGACAGCGUGAAGAUCUUUAAUGGUGCUGAGUGUGUGAAGAACUCACAGCCUUGGCAGGUGGGGCUGUUCCAUGGCAAAUACCUGCGCUGUGGUGGCGUCCUUGUGGAUCGCAAGUGGGUCCUUACAGCUGCUCACUGCAGUGGCAAGUACUUGGUGCGCCUUGGGGAGCACAGCCUCACCAGACUGGACUGGACAGAGCAGCUGAGGCUCACCACCUUCUCCAUGACACACCCCGGCUACAAGGGUGUCCAUCAGAACCACGAGCAUGAUCUUCGACUCCUGCGACUGGGCAGACCUGUCCGCCUGACCCAUGCUGUCCGGCCCCUGGCCCUGCCCACUUCCUGUGCACCUAUGGGGACCAAGUGUCAUAUUUCAGGAUGGGGUAUCACAAACAAGCCGUGGGACCCGUUCCCAGACCGGCUCCAAUGCCUCGACCUCUCCAUUGUCUCCAAUGCCACAUGCCAAGCCGUGUUCCCUGGAAGAGUGACAGAGAAUAUGGUAUGUGCAGGUGGCGAAGCCGGGAAGGACGCCUGCCAGGGUGACUCUGGAGGCCCCCUGGUGUGUAGAGGGGUUCUUCAAGGUCUGGUUUCCUGGGGAUCUGUUGGGCCUUGUGGACAAAAAGGCAUUCCAGGGGUCUAUACCAAGGUCUGCAAAUACGUGCCCUGGAUCAGAAAGGUCAUGAAGAACAAUUAACAGAACCAUGUGGUUCUGCCCAGGGGCCUCUGACACUCUGACACCCGUGUCUUCCCUCUCACCACUCCAAGUCCCACCCUCGUUGGUGUAGAGAGCCUUCUGAGAGCCCGAUGGUGGAGCAAAGGCUGUGGAACCCUGGAAUAAACAUUAUGCAAUCGAG